CAAUCGAAUAAUGUCCAGCGGUAAUCCUUUUGUGAAUCACACCACAUGCAGUGACAAAGCUGAUGCAAUUGUAAGCUUUCUGUAGUGGUUAUGGUCAUUGAUCACGCUACGAAGCUAGAAAGGAAUUUAUUGGACUGACGGAAUCGUUGGAUCAUUUAUUUGCACUUUUAGACCAACUUUUACCUACUUUAAAGCUCCCAAAAUUUGAAAGAUGUGUGGAAUUUGGGCAAUUUUUGGAUCCUCCGAAGAGAUUGCUGAUUAUUUUAACUGUGCUUUGAAAAUUGCACAUCGUGGUCCUGAUUGCUUCCGUCUUGAGAGCAUACCAAACUUUGGUAACUCUUGUUUAGCUUUCCACCGUCUUGCUGUUGUUGAUAGUGUCUAUGGUAUGCAACCAAUGCGUGUUUUUUCCCUUCCUCAUCUUUAUCUUAUCUAUAAUGGUGAAAUUUACAACCACAAGGCCUUGGGAAAGCAAUUUGGAUUUCAAUACCACACCAAAUGUGAUGGAGAAGUAAUUUUGCAUUUGUGUAAUGAAUUUGGAGGAGAAAAAACGGCUCAAAUGAUGGACGGUGUCUUUGCAUUUGUCGUCGUCGACAAUAAAGAAGAAAUACAUCUUGGUCGCGAUACAUUUGGCAUUCGUCCAAUGUUCCUUUUAAAAAGCGGAGAUCAAUGUUUGGCAGUUUGCUCUGAAGUCAAAGGCCUACUAAAGUUGCAGAAGGAUUUGGUUAAUAUUGAAUCUGUGAUUGAGCCAUUUCUUCCUGGACAUUAUGCAUGUUUGUCCUUUGACGACGAUGGAGUUGCAACUAUAAAGAAAAUGGCUCCUUACACCACCUUGACGAAGAUACCAGUGUUUGAUUUUGCUGUCAAAUUGAAAAGUGAUGUUAAAGAAAAUAUUCGAGCUUUAUUUACUCAGGCAGUGAAAAAACGUCUAAUGUCGGAUCGACGUAUCGGAUGUCUUUUGUCUGGUGGCUUGGACUCUAGCCUAGUUGCAGCCGUAUUGGUAAAGCUUGCUCGUGAAACUGGCGUUGAAUAUCCCAUUCAAACUUUCUCUGUUGGAAUGAUAGGAAGUACAGACCUGGCUGCUGCCAGAAAAGUAGCUGAUUUCCUAGGAUCUGAGCAUCAUGAGUUGGUAUUUACUGCCGAGGAAGGUUUGGCAGCUAUUCCUGAAGUCGUAGAAUCCCUAGAAAGCUAUGAUAUUACCACUGUUCGUGCUUCAGUCGGAAUGUAUUUAAUUAGUAAAUAUAUCCGAGAAAAGACCGAUACUAUUGUAAUAUUUUCUGGUGAAGGUUCGGAUGAACUUACACAAGGUUAUAUAUAUUUCCAUAAAGCUCCAACAGCUGAAGAAGCCGAUGUUGAAUCCAAACGCCUUUUGGAGGAUCUUUAUCUUUAUGAUGUGCUUCGUGGCGAUCGAUCAACUGCUGCUCAUGGCUUGGAAAUUCGAGUUCCGUUUCUCGAUGUGGCAUUCACUUCAUAUUUUCUUUCUUUAACGCCAUCAAUUCGCCAGCCUCAAAAUAAGAUUGAGAAAUACCUUCUACGAUCAGCGUUCGACGGAGAAAACCUGUUGCCAAAUGAAAUCUUAUGGCGACCAAAAGAAGCUUUCAGUGAUGGCGUAUCGUCCACGAAAGCUGGUGAAUCAUGGUACGAGAUAAUUCAGAGGCAUUGCAAGAAGGUUGUGAGCGAUUUAAAGUUGGAAACGGCAGCCGAGCGGUAUUCAUUCAACUCUCCCAAAACAAAGGAAGCUUAUUACUAUAGGAAGAUCUUUGAAAGUAAAUAUCCUGGUCAAAGUCAUUUAAUACCUUAUAUGUGGUUGCCCAAGUGGUCGGAAAGUCAAGAUCCUUCUGCUCGUACCCUUGAUCAUUAUACUCAACCUUGAACUUUGCAAUAAAUGAGCAAAUUUUGAUGAACUUUCUGUACUUACUAACAUUGUUAAAGUUGUAAAGUUGUAACUGAGCUUCAUGAGUAAAUGUAACCAAACAUGCUA